UGGAACCGCCCUGGAGCCUUCCGGACCCUGGUGCCCUCCAGUCUCCGCCGGACCCUGCGGCCCGCAAGGACGCGGAUCCCAGGAGAGGCGGGGCGGGGCGCGCCUUGUGCCCAAGCCCAGGACGCCCGGCCGCAGUCGAACAAGCUAGGGCCGGGGCCGGGACCGGAGGGCGGUCACUCCUGGAGUCGAGGGCGAAGCCCGAGCUCUGCGCGAAGCUCGGCGCCCCCGCCGGGUUGCAAAGGCGCUGCGGAAGCGCGCAGCGGGGGAACCGGCGCCGGCCGGGUGGAGCCGGGCUCCGCACCUCCGCUCCGAGUGCGGGGCAGCUGGAGCGACGGGGCGGACGGGGGCUGUGGGUCGGGGACAGGCGAGACCCCGCGAUGAGACCGGAGCACGACCUUAGCACUUUUGCAAGGCGCGGAGAGGGAGUCUAAGGGACUGCCGCCCCGGAACGGCCGACGCCCCCUGCAGACCCGAGGGACGCUGUUCCCAAGUUCGCGCCCUCUCCAGUCCGAUGGCCAUCAUGCCUUUACCGGCUCCUGGCUCCCCAUUCCUGGACCGCGCCUAACCGCCUGCCUCGUGAUGGCUACGCCAGCGACCUGUGCCAGGGGCCACAUGGCCAUCACUCUGCGCUACUGCAUGAUGGUUAGUGGCAUGGUGGUUCUGGUGGCGGGGACACUAUGCUUCGCGUGGUGGAGUGAAGGGGAUUCAGGAGCCCAACCUGGCCAGCCGGCCCCACCUGCUGGGCACCCUGUGCCUGAGGCUCCCAGGUCCCUGCUCAGGUCUGUCAGCUUCUUCUGCUGCGGCACAGGUGGCCUGCUGCUGCUCCUCGGCCUGCUGUGGUCCGUCAAGGCCAGCACCUGGGGGCCACCCCAGUGGGACCCAUAUCACCUCUCCAGAGACCUGUACUACCUCACUGUGGAGCCCUUGGAGAAGGAGAGCUGCAGGAUCCCAAAGCUGGUUGACAUCCCCUCUUAUGAGGAGGCCGUGCACUGCCCAUUAGUUGAGGGGCCCCUGGAACCACCUGCGUACCCUGUGGAGGAAGGCCUGACAUGCAGUGCCUCCAGGGAUGCCCUGCUUGGGACCCAGCCCGCCCUGCCUCCACCUAGCUACGAGAGCAUCAUCCUUGCUGUUGAUGCCAUCCCUGGAGAGAUAACACCUGGCGCUGCCUGCUCCUGUCUGGCCAUUUCAGACCAUGGUGAGAGGAAGUUAAAGGCUCCUAGAGACAAAUCAUGAGCUUAUUCUAGUGUCUAAUACAGUACCUGGUACAAAGUAGGCACUCAACUAAUGUUUGUUGCUGAAUGCUGUUUUAUUUAUCUAUUGCUGUGUAACAAAUGGCUUAAAAUAAAUCCAUUUUAUUAUC